GAAGAUAAAAGUGUAAAAAGCUUUUCGCACUUUACAAUCCGAAGAGAUGAUGAUAAAGCUGAGGAUCGGAUACAGCGUUGCAAUGUAUCUUAUGUUGGCAACAUCAUAGGACCACUCGAAAGGGUGUCUGGACACUCUGGACGGUCGACUUGUUUUCACUUCCAGGAACUACCCUUCCCCUUCUGCAACUAUAUUAAUGCUUCCCCUUCCCCACUCCCAAGCACACACUUCUCCAUUCUUCACCAAGAAGCUCCCACAACGCGCGACACGACGUUGCUUUAAUUUUUUCUGUGAAUCUUGAAAUCUCUAAGUUAACCUAAAACAAAAUGGGUGGUGGUUUGAAGCAGCAGACUAUUUCUUGCACCCCUACAAAUGAUGAGUUUACGAUGAAGAUGGACUCUGCGAAAUAUGGGUGCUCACACUAUCAAAGGAGGUGCAAGAUUGUAGCACCCUGUUGCAAUGAGAUAUUCGAUUGCAGGCACUGCCACAACGAUGCAAAGAAUUCUUUGGAGGUUGAUGCACUCGAUCGCCAUGAUAUUCCGCGGCACGAAUUGAAAAGAAUCAUCUGCUCGCUGUGCGAGACAGAGCAAGAUGUUCAACAAACAUGCAUCAAUUGUGGAUCUUGUUUUGGAAAUUACUACUGCUCAAAGUGCAAAUUCUUUGAUGAUGAUGUGUCAAAGAAUCAUUAUCACUGCGAUAAGUGUGGAAUCUGCAGAACUGGUGGAAAACAAAACUUCUUCCACUGUGAUAAAUGCGGAUGCUGCUAUUCGAAUUUGUUGAAGGAUUCCCAUGUCUGUGUGGAGAGAGCAAUGCAUCACAACUGCCCUAUUUGUUUUGAGUAUCUUUUCGACACACCUAGAGACACCACGGUGCUUCCAUGUGGACACACUAUACAUCUCGACUGUGUUAAGGACAUGGAACGCCAUUUCCAGUAUUCGUGCCCGGUUUGCUUAAAGUCGUAUUGCGACAUGACCCCUGUCUGGGAACGCCUCGAUCAAGAGAUUGCUGCAACACCAAUGCCCCAAAUCUACCAAAAUAAAAUGGUCUGGAUUCUGUGCAAUGACUGCGGCGAGACAUCAGAGGUGAACUUCCAUAUUCUUGCAAACAAAUGCACAAACUGCAAAUCUUACAAUACGCGGCAAACCAGAGGACAUACAACGUGCACAUCGGGGAUACCAGAGAUGGUUAGAUGACACACUCACCUUAACUGAUAGCAGUAGUUCCUGAAGAAACCAAUGUCGUCGUUCCUUUAUUCUUCAACUGAUUAGUUCCUAUUGAUUACUUUCAUACUCUGAUCAAUUAGGUUGUAAACUAUGCUGAUUAGUUUCCUACCUGCAGCAGGUGUUCGAACUUUUUACCUUGUGAUGUUGUAUUAUUUGGGUUCACUGUGUAAUAAUAACUUUUGAAUGUUGUUGAAUAAGAUGAUUCCUUUAUAAUAAAAA